AUGGAGAAAUAUAAGAGAAUACACUCGUACGGUAGCAUGAGCUCUAAUAGAAGCGACGAUGAUAUGACGGUGCAUAGCCAAGUGUACCCGUAUCCUAAAAAAAUGAUUGUAACAAGAGAAAUAUUGUAUGAAGAGGAACAUCCGCCGUUCCAACCACUGUUCGCCACGACUAAGGUUUUCGGGAAAGCGAGAUUUGCGUGUCUUCUAUUGAUUUACACUGUUUUCUAUGUGACGUAUCUGUUGUCUGGUGCUUUGGUAUUCUCAGCUCUAGAGACGCCUUUGGAGAACCAGAUAAGAUUGGAAGUAAUUCGUGCGAAACAGGACUUUAUGGUUAAAAAUCCAACUGUUCUGGAUUCUGAUUUAGAAACUCUGUUAGAAGUUGUGAUCGGCGCUAGUAACCAAGGAGUAGCGGCUUCUAAAAAUGUCACCCAGGGACCAAACUGGACUUUUGGUCAAUCUUUAUUCUUUGCCUCCACUGUCGUUACUACUAUUGGUUACGGCCACGUGACACCAUUGACAAAGCCGGGCAAGCUAUUCUGCAUGGCUUACGCUCUUCUGGGAAUUCCCCUAACUCUGGUGCUGCUAUCAGCGCUUGUGGAACGUCUACUGCUCCCUGCCACUGCACUUCUUAGGGCUCUUAACAGCUCUCUUGGACACCUUUAUCGGCCGUUCACGAUAAGACUUGUGCAUCUUAGUAUUAUUGUUCUAAUGUUGGUCGUAUUUUUCCUGGUGAUACCCGCUGCUAUAUUCUCUGUUUUGGAGCCCGAUUGGGAUUAUUUGGACUCGUUUUAUUAUUGCUUCAUCUCUAUCACCACUAUCGGCUUAGGAGACUACAUACCCGGAGACUCGCCAGGACAAGCUUACAGGCCUCUAUACAAAGUUGCUACUACUUUUUAUCUCCUGCUCGGCCUAACAUUCCUCAUGUUGACUCUGACAGUAUUCUACGAUAUUCCACAAUUGAACCUCAGCAGCGUAUUCUCAUCUAUGAAACUAGAGGAAGACCCCGAGAAAAUGCGACUUAGUGGCUCCGGAAUUUGCCCUGGGUAUGGCGUAGGAGGCCUUAUGAUGAGAGACGAUUACAACCAUCAUGACCAACGCCGUUCCGUGGUUCAAAUCAGGCCGCAUUUAGAUGACAGCCCCAGCCCAGAGGACACAACGCCAGUACACGCAAGAGAUAUGAGGGUGCCGUAA